AUGAUUUGCUUGAAGGUUUGCUUCAAAAGAAUCCAUACACUCGUUUAGGAGGUGGACCAGGUGAUGUAAGAGAAAUCCAGGACCAUCUCUUCUAUGCAGACAUCGACUGGAACCUGAUGACAGAGAAAAAGGUGACACCCCCAUUCAAGCCUCAAGUUACAAGUGAGACUGAUACUAGGAACUUUAAUCAAGAAUUCACUGGGGAAUCUGUGCAACUCACCCCACCUGAUCAGGAGGACUAUGUCUGUCUUACAGAAGAAGACUCUCAAUACAUGACUUUCAACAAAUUCUCUUAUCAAGACGUUUCAUCAACUCUUGGCAGCUCACCAGCAUUGAGUCUAAAUUCGUUGAAUGUUGCCGAGAAGGAAGAAUUAACCAGCAGGUGAACACAAAUAUAUCUGUUAGGCUACAGUUUGUAAUUAUUCCUGUUUAUCUAAAGUAAUAAAAAUUAACCUUCAAAAUUAAGAGCAUCUGUAAUGCUCUGUUUAUAAAUGGGAGCGGUAUUUGUUUAACACAUAGUUGUAUAUGUCUUGUUUCUGUAAAGAUUCUUCACUGCACCUCCUUGGUACUGGUGUAAUGCUCAUAAAUAAUGGAAAAAAUCCCUAUUCUAUCCUAGAGGUAUCAAAUGCAAAGUACAUGAAUAUGGAAAAAUUUUGUUCAUUGGGUGUAAAUGAUUGUUCCAGGCAUCAUGUACAAGUUCAGAAGUCAGCCAUUGUCAGUAGAAAUAGUACAAUCUUUUAAUUUUACUGCAAGUGCUUAGACCCAUUGCAAGUCAUAUUUAAAUCAAAAUAGUUUUAUUGUUCGCUGUAGUUCAGUGCCUUUACCCAGUCAUACAGUAUUGGCCUUUGGAUAAUUCUUUAAUACUGUGUUUUGUUUAUAUUAUGACUUCUCUCGCUGCAGUGUUGACUGCAAUAAUGUGGACCACCUCUAAAUAACCUUUCUUAUUUUUUGUUAACUAACGUAUCGGUGCAAUAUUUAGCAAUAAAA